AUGAUCCAGGGAGUCCGAUCAUCACCCUGGCGUACUGAGAAUACUCUCUACACUGAUACGCCUUGUUUGUUUGUUUUGUUUUUUUUGGUUUUUUUCUUCUUUUCAGCAGGUGAGGACUACUCGUCCUACGAUGGCCUAGCAGAAAACUCCAAAUACCAACCCUGCAAUACUAACAUUUUGGAGGAAUUCAUCCAAGUCUUUCUUCCUACCCUCUACAGCAUCGUCUUUAUUGUAGGGUUCAUUGGCAAUGGCCUGGUGCUGUGUGUUUUGAUCAAAUACCACAACAGAUCAAAUGUGACAGAUGUCUGCCUCUUCAACCUGGCCCUUUCUGAUCUCCUCUUCCUUAUUUCUUUGCCUUUCUGGGCUCACUAUGCCUCCCUUUCUGAGUGGAUCUUUGGGAGCUUCAUGUGCCGUGCAGUGACAGCACUCUAUAUGCUGGGCUUCUAUGGAAGUAUCUUCUUCAUGAUUCUCAUGACUGUAGACCGCUAUGUUGUCAUUGUACAUGCCAAUACCUCUCUCUUCUCCAAAUAUUGGUCUGUCAGAGCUAGCAUAACAAUAGGCUUGUUUAUGUGGGCACUUAGCUUGGGAGCCUCUCUGCCAACCAUCAUUUUCUCUCAAGUGAAGAAUGAAUCACAUAAAUGGAAAUGCCGGGUGAUAUAUCCGAAUGAGACACAAUGGGAGCCAUUCUCGUACAUUGAGCUAAACAUCCUUGGCUUGAUCAUCCCUCUCUCAGUGAUGGUGUUUUGCUACUCGCAAAUUAUCCCCAUCUUAUUGACCAUAAAGUCUCAGAAGAAACACAAAGCUGUCAGGCUCAUCAUGGUUUUGGUCACUGUUUUCUUCUUCUUCUGGACACCCUACAACAUUGUCAUCUUCCUGAAGUUCCUGCAUCUACAAGGCUACAUGCAAAGCUGUGAGUGGAAUCAGGACCUGGACAUGGCUAUGCAGUGGGUGGAAACCAUAGCAUACAGUCACUGCUGCCUCAACCCCAUAAUCUAUGCAUUUGUGGGGCAGAAAUUCAGACGUUUGGUCGUCAGGACUCUGAAAGAAUGGUUUCCUGUUUGCUUUGGUCAGUGCACAACCAUUGUCAGUGAACUGUCAGAGAGAAGGAGCUCUGUGUACUCACGGUCAUCAGAGACAACCACCACAAAGAUCAUUUAGCC